AUGACAAACUACACUCACUUGGAAGCUGUUGCACUUGACCCCCACUGCUCUGAUCACUCCCCAUUGGCAGUGGAAAUUACAGAUUAUCCAAUAAGAGAACCUAGACCUUUCAAGUUUUUCAACCACUUGGCUGAUCACCCUGACUUCUUGGAGAUUAUACAACAGACAUGGGCACAUACUAGUAGAGGAAUGGGAAUGCAACAUAUCUGGUAUAAGCUGAAGAAAGUUAAGCAACAAUUGAAGCUCCUAAACACUAGAGAAUACUCAAAAGUGAAUGACAAUGUGCAAAAGUACCGGCAGGAACUGGCUGCAGUCCAAAUACAAAUGAGGGAUCCAACCAUCCUGGCUAUGAUGACUGAGGGAGAAAGAGAGCUGAGACAACAACUAGAGAAAUGGGCAACCAUUGAAGAAAGCAUACUGAGACAAAAGUCUAGAGUUAGAUGGUUACAGCUAGGUGACUCUAAUAAUGCAUACUUCUUUGCUUGCAUGAAAGGCGGGGUUGCACAAAAUCAAAUCAGACAGCUAAACACCCUGACAGGAGCCACUAUCCAAAAUGAAAAAGAUAUCGAAAUAAAGAUCAUAGGGUUCUAUAAGCAACUGUUGAGGUCCUCAGUAGCUCAAUUGCCAGUAAUUCACGAAGAGGUAUUAUCAGAGGGCCAUGUGUUACAAAGAGAACAACAACUAAAACUUAUGCAACCUGUUACAAGUGAGGAGAUAAAGGAUGCACUCAUGGGUAUAGAUGAUCACAAGGCACUUGGCUAUGAUGGAUACAAUGCACUUUUCUUUAAGAAAAGUUGGGAGGUGGUGGUGCAGGGUAUAACAAAUGCAGUCCUGAGAUUCUUCAGCAUAGAUGAACUCUAUAAACCAAUCAACUGCACAGCUGUAACACUUAUCCCCAAAAUCAAAAACCCAAUGACAAUAAAAAAGACUUCAGGCCCAUUUCAUGUUGUACAGUACUAUACAAAGUCAUAUCCAAAGUCAUUACCAACAAACGACAGACAGCAAUGA